AGCUAACUUGACGGCCAAUUGACUCUACACAAACCUAUACGUACAGCAAUAAAUUUCUUGAGCGAAUCCCUAUCUUACUUCAUAAAAACUUCAAAACUAAAACCUCAUGCUGCUUCUUCAAUAAUCAUCAUCAGACCAAGAUGAACUCAAUCAAAAAGCAGUGAUUGCUUAAUCAAUUCCCACCCCAACAAUCACCAUCCACUUCUCCUUAGUCAACAAAUUAUGGCUAGUUGUAACCCAGAAAGAGAAGCUAGAGAACAGAGAAAGGUAUUAUGAACAUCAAAAGAAAAGGAAAAGAGGAAAGAACCAAAAACAAAAAGCUAAAGUGAGUCCAUCACCACCCCCAUUUUGCUUGUCUUUGCCUCUGCUUUUCCGCACCAUCUUUUCCCCUUGAUAGAAACUUGGCUUCUGUGAAGUCUCUGUCUUCUCUCUCUUCUCUCACCCCCAUAAUUUAUGCCACAUUGCUCUCCAGUCUUUCUAACAACAUAAAUAAACGCUUCACUACUUAAAGUUCACCCACUUCAUUCCCCUGAUCAGUCUUUGUGUCAGCUUCCUUAAGAAGUUCCCGAUUUUGCUCCUUGUAAUUAACUAUAUCUAGUUUUCAUAUAUCCUUCUAAUAUUCUCUGAUAAACUAUAAUUCACUUGCACUGUUCAUGCUUUAGUCUGCAGCUUCAUCCAUGGCUUCUCUUGGGAACCCCAGAAGUUGGGUUCCAUACAUGAACAAUAAAGACUGUUCUCAAGGCUUCUGCAGUCUGUACUGUCCACAAUGGUGUUACAUAGUGUAUCCUCCUCCUCCUCCCUUUGAAUUACCUGAAGAUAAUUCAAGCCCUAAUUUUUCACCUCUGGUUAUAGCAGUCAUUGGAAUCUUGGCCAGUGCUCUUCUUCUUGUCAGCUACUACACCAUAAUAUCCAGGUACUGCGGCAACCCAGAAUUUUCGGAUCGACAGAAUCACGAUCCUUCAAAUGGUGAAUUGGGACACUUUCACGACCCUUCCCUUCACGAGCCAUGGCACGCGUCACCCAAUGGUCUAGACGAGGCUCUGAUCAAGACCAUCACAGUUUGUAAGUACAAGAAAGAAGAUGGGUUGGUGAGUGUAGCAGAUUGCUCUGUUUGUCUCACCGAGUUCAAAGACGAUGACAGCAUCAGGCUCUUGCCUAAGUGCAGCCAUGCUUUUCACAUCCCUUGCAUUGACACGUGGCUCAAAUCUCACUCCUCUUGUCCUCUCUGUCGUGCUAGUAUCUUCGCCUUCAACGCUUCAGCUCUUCCGGUGUCUGAUUCCGUCAUGGAGAAUUCAACUUCCCAGGAAAAUCAACCUGGGAAUGAAAACAAUGAAGUGGUGGGUUUAGCAGUAGAAGAAGAAAAUGAAGAAACCUUACAACGUAGUACAGCUCCGAAGCCUACAUUGCGUGCCUUGAGUGAUUUGGGGAAUUUGCAGGGAAGGCAUAGUGUGAUUGAGAUUAAAGAUGAAGGGUACAUCGAGCCCUUUAGAAGGUCAGUUUCUAUGGACCAUUCAUUUCAAAGUGGUAACCAUGUUGAAGAAGGCUCUGUCAAUGAAGCAGGUCCAUCAAAGAGAUCUCAAGGAGAAAGCAGCAAAUCUAACAACAGAAGAAGGGUAUUGCAGUGUGUAUUGAGUCCCAUUGUAAUGAAGAGAUCGUUUUCAAGUGGAAGAUUCUCUAUCAGCAGAGGAAGGCAAGGGAUAAUCCCUAUCUGAUAAUUAUUUUAUUCCCUUCAUCUUUUUCUCAUUCUUUUGAUGAUCCAUGACGGCGGCGACGAAAUUACAUGUGAAGAAGAUAUAUUGAAUCUGUUCUACCUAUAAUACUUACCGAGGAAGCUCCUUUAAUUAUUUGUGUACCUUUUUUGUCGUGUAUCUUGAUUGAACAAGUGCUGUUAGUUUUUCUUUUACUGAAGUCACAGAAAUUUUAGAUUCAGCCAUACAUGGAGGCAUGCUUCAUAAUGGUGUGUUGUCAGAGUGGACAGGGAAAUGUGAAAGGAAAUGCCUUAAGCUCCAAUCUCAGUUUCUCACGAAGCCGUAAGCGUGAUGAAAAAGGAGUCAUUGGAGCUCAAGUGAAUUUCACAUAGCCCAAGCACACAAUUUGCUCUCCCAUAAAAGUGAAUGUGAACGAGAAUCUGUUGCAUUUCAGAUUUCUAUGA